AUCACCAAGUUUUGGAUUCCAGCAGCGGCGCCCCCAGGCCAGGCCCCACCCGCUCAGCCUCCUCAGCUGCCCAACCUUCUCCCCAUCUGCUCAGCCUCAGCUGUCAUUCCCGCGAAGCGCCGUCUCCCGGCUCUAUCGAUGGACCGAGUCGCCGCCCUCGUCGUCGCGCUCCUCGCCCUCUUCUUCGCCGCCGGGGCCACGGCGCAGGCCCCGGCCUCGUCGCCCAAGCGCACUCCAGCGCCAGCGCCACCCAGGACGGCCUUCCUCCCGCCGCCGCCGGCCAGGGCGCCUAUGGCCUCCCCGCCCUCGCCUCCCGCGAUGGCGCCGGUGCCCGCGCCCUCCGCCGGCGUGCCGGCCACGAGCCCCGUCGGCGCGGGAGCUGGUGACGACGCGAUGGCCCCCGCCGGAGCCGCGGCGGCUCUGACUCCGGCUGCCGCGCCCGUCACGGAGAAGAGCGCCGCCGUCUCAGCCUCCGCCGCCGCCGCCAGCCUCGUGGCCAUCGUUGCCGCCGUGGCAGCCGCCGUCGCGUUCUAGACCGGGACCGACCUUGGGACAUCUGAUAUGUCGGUGGAUCCGUGGAGGAGCUAGAGCUGCACUCUUUCUCUGCUGUGUGUGUUGGGUGUUUUCCUCCUCUUUUUUCGGAUCCUAUUUAUUUGUUUAUUCAUUUGUUAUUUCGAGGCUUGAGACGGAGAUGAGGACGUGUAAUCCUACCAAUUUUUCAGACGGGAGCUGAUUUCUAUGCUUAUGAGAAGAUUUUAUAUUCUUUCA